CACAGACAUGCUGCUGUGCCGUACGAUGAAAAAGCCGCAGCAUACCGGGUUCAAAGCCAUGUGCCAUGGCAGGGUUCUGCAGCUUUUGUAGUCGUUGAAGAGCUAUGGCAAGUUGAAGAAUAGAAUCAUGUACACUACUCCUGCACACUGCAGAGAAUCCAAAGACGCCCCGGACACCCCGGACGUGAUGCGCCCAACAGUGCCAAUAGUACAGGGUGCAUUGGUCCAAGCCUCCCUAGCCCGAGGAGGCCCUCGCGCCUGGAACCCCCGCUCUCCACCCCCAGAGCGGAUACCUACAUGGACGCCGUUUCAGGCAAGAUUAGGCCCAGAGAUAAGGGCUAGGCGGCACCCUGGUCACCACUGCCCACCCAUAAGCGCCUAGCGACUCGCCAAAGGCUCAGCAUCCGGGGCGGCUUUUCAAGUUCUUGUCAGGAGUUGACUGCGACCCUCGGAUUUCCCCAGAUUUCCUCUGUCCCUUGCGGCUGGUCUGUAACUCACACUGCUCCUAACCACCUAAGCCUGGACUCUACCAUUUCUGAUGGUUGUCGGCACUCGGGAUUCCAUGCUGGAGGAUACUGUCACCAUCGAGAUUAAUGGGCAGAACGGCGACGGAGAAGGGAACAGGGACACGGACAACUCGAAAGAUCAGGAGCAAGAUCAAGAACCGCCCCCCAAGAAACAAAAACGGUUCCAAUGUCAACAUUGCCAACGACUCUUUGCCCGGUUGGAGCACCAGCAACGGCAUGAGAGAACCCAUACGCGAGAGAAGCCGUUCGCAUGCUCCCAAUGUGAUAGCAAAUUCACACGAAGCGAUCUCCUGGUCCGACAUGAGCGACUCAGCCAUGACAUGGAACGAUGGGGCAGACAGGGACGGGGAGACCACCGCCUCAAUAGCAAUGGCGGCACCAACCACAACCUCAACAGCAAUAGCAAUCCCAAUCCCGCUCAACCACACAGUCGUAAACGCCGGGAAACAGAUCCCGGAUCCUCGUUGCCAGACUCGGAACCUUCCACGUUGACGGCCUCUGAAUUCUCGACUUCUCAGACCUUGGUCAACAACUUCCAGACUUCCGCCGACACUCCCGCAAACCAUGAACUCUCGUUCGCAACCUUGCUUAUGGCGGCUGAGCAGGCCCAACCCCAAGAGGUUCACACGCAGGCACACACUCAGCCGCCUCUACAACAGCCCGAUCUCCUCUGCAAUCCAGCAUAUGUGGUGCAAGACCAAUUCGGGUCCUGUCAAACGCAGCCUCCGCUGCCCGAGCCUCCUGCUCAGCCGGGCACCCUGGCCAGCUUUGACUUUGAAGACUCUCUCCAGGAUCUUGCCAAUUUCAUGGACAAUGGAGGGCUAUCUUCGUACCAUUUCUCCUCCGUGUUCAGCGCCGAGCAGCCCAUUCCUUUCUUUUCACCGGAGGCACUCACCCAGACGGCAGAUGCUGUCCCUACGGUGGAGAAUGCACCGGCCUCUCACGUCGGGCAACCCGCUGAACAGCAAGAGGACACGAGCUCUUUCUCAAGGUUUGGGUCAAGACUUCCGUCUCUCCAACCAGAGGAGGGCUACGCGGGCCCCAAAGGCGACGAGAACCCGGUCAAUCGACCACUGGCCGAUUUCAAUGUCGAAGAUAGACAGAAUAUGGCAUACAAGUUGGCCGAAUUCGCCCACGUGGUCCCUUCAACAUUCCAGCUGCCGUCGCGGUUGGCACUGUCUCGGUAUCUUGCUGGCUACGUCAAUGGCUUCCACGAACAUCUACCCUUCCUACAUAUUCCGACGAUAUCGGUAAACAACUGUUGCAUUGAACUCAUCCUGGCCAUGGCCGCAGUCGGGGCUCAGUAUUGCUUUGAAGGACAGAAAGGCGUGGAACUGUUUCAUGUCAGUCAAGCAAUAGCCAUGCAGAGGAUCCGUCAAAGAGAUGCAAGACUCGCUGCUUCGUCACGCCGCUCGAUGGACGUCUCUCCCCAGUAUUCUGCCUACACUAGAAACAGUGAGAUCAUGGGCACCGGAGAAACGCCGCAGAGCGGAUCUAUAUCAGGAUGCCUGGGCCUCCCCUCGCAACUGGAGGCAGACUCAACAAGGCCGACAGAAGAUCUCAUGCAGACGGCACAAGCAUUGCUGUUACUCAUGGCCAUGGCGACAUGGGCCAAACAUCGCGAGAUCUUGCGUGAGGCUCUAGCCAUCCAGAGUGUGCUCGCCACCCUUGUCCGCGAUGACGGUUUCAGGACUACCCCGUUGGCCAAGGACAUCAGCUGGACCGACUGGAUUCGACAUGAAACCAUCAAACGAACCAAAUUCAUUGUGUUUGCCUUUUUCAACCUCCAUACGAUUGUGUACAACAUUCCUUCGCUAAUACUUGCGUCUGAGCUCCACAUGACGCUACCAUGCAGUGCAGCCGAGUUCAAGGCUCCGACGGCGGCGCGAUGGAAAGAGAUUCGCGCCCGUGUCCCGCCCGAGGUGGACUUUCAAUUGGCAUUGCGGCGGCUGUUCUCCAAGACGGGCAAUCAUGGCAACACGUAUAACUCUUCGUUGGGAAACUAUGUGCUCGUCCAUGCCCUGCUGCAGCACAUCUUCUUCGUCCGCCAGAUCUCUCGGUACCGGUUGGAUCACGACGGUGACCUCCGGCUCGACGAUGUGGCAGCGAUCGAACAGGCACUCCGCAGCUGGCAGCUUGCAUGGAAGCGCAACCCGGAGUCAUCGCUCGACCCGAUGAAUCCUAAUGGACCAGUCGCUUUCAACUCGACCGCCCUGUUGCGCCUUGCAUACAUCCGACUGAACGUCGACCUCGGCCCCGGCCGUGCUCUGGAUACCAGGGACCCAGUGCAGAUUGCCAACGCGUUCCGCGAGAGCCCGAGCGUGAAACGCACCCCGAAGCUGGUGAGGGCGGUUCUCCAUUCCGCUCAUGCAUUGAGCAUCCCCGUCAAGAUCGGCAUCCAUCUGGUCGCGCAGACCCAGACGUUCAUGUGGUCCAUCCAACACUCGCUGUGUACCUUGGAGUGUGCCUUUUUGCUGAGCAAGUGGCUCGAGGCCCUGAGUCUGCCCGAGUCCGGACCGACGGUCACCAGUGACGAGCGGAGAAUCGCAACUCUAGUCAAGACGAUGCUCGACGAGACAGAAUUCGCCAUGCCGGUGGAUGUGCCGAUCGACUCUCCUGCCGCCAUGAAGUACUUGAGUGCUGGGGUCUUGAGAGUCUGGGCACAGGUGUUCCGAGGCGCACAGACUUGGGCCAUUGUCGAUGUUAUCGGAAAGAGUCUCAACAUAUAUGCCGACAUGCUUGAAGCCGGAUGAUGCUACGGGUCGGUCAGCCGGCCGAAGGGCAGAAGGCAGAAGGCAGAAGGCAGAACUAACGACAUGGACGAGACGAGACCGUUGACGAUUAUUUCUUCUAGGAUUUAUUAUGAUUACGACCAGAUGGCUCAAUAUUCACGUAUGCUGAAACGCAGUACGAUACGGCUGGAGCAGGGAGUACCACAGUGUAGAGGUUAUAAUAUACCAUGUCCCGUGGGAAAUCAUGGGCAAGUCUUUUUGCUUG